GUGUUCACUUUUCGGACCUUCUACAGUUUUUAUCAGUAAAAACAAUGUUUAUUUUUUAAUCACUGACCACAGACAAAGUAAACUAUUUUUUUCCAGAAUGCACACUUUGAAGCAUGAGGCUAUUUCAAGAGGAACACCACCCUCAAAAAGAUCAUGCUUUAAAUAUGGAAUGGAAUUGAUUCCAGAAAAAGAGAUCCGCAUCUUCAGGACUCUGCGUGUACACGAGCAUUGAAAAAUGGAGAUCCCUGAUCAGGGCACAGAUCAUGUGACCUCACCCUCAAAAGACUGUAAAGGAAAGAGCAGGAGAUCACACUCCCCAGAACCCAGCUGUGUCUCCAUGAAGAGUGAUUGGUCUAUGGAUCCUCCACAAAACUUCAGAAAUGAAAACCCCUCACCUGUACACAGUGUUCUACAGAAGGCAGGAGACAGAAGAGAGAAGAACAUCAUCACAGCUACAGGUAAAGGAAAGAGCAGGAGAUCACACUCCCCAGAACCCAGCUGUGUUUCCAUGAAGAGUGAUUGGUCUAUGGAUCCUCCUCAAAACUUCAGAAAUGAAAACCCCUCACCUGUACACAGUAAAGGAAAGAGAGAGAGAUCACACUCAGCAGAACCCAGCUGUGUUUCCAUGAAGAGUGAUGGGUCUAUGGAUCCUCCUCAAAACUUCAGAACUGGUAUCUCCUCACCUGUACACAGUGUUCUACAGAAGGCAGGAGACAGAAGAGAGAAGAACAUCAUCACAGCUACAGGACACGACCCAGAAUCCACUGCUGCAGAUGAAUUCCAGAAGAAGUUCAAGUUCAAUCUGGUGAAGAAGUUUCAGUGUUUGAAUGGAUUGAUGCUUAAGCAGGAAAACCGAACACUCCUGAAUGAGAUCUACACAGAGCUCUACAUCAUAGAGGGAGACAGUGGAGACGUCAAUAAAGAACAUGAGGUGAAACAGAUCGAGGCAGCAUCCAGGAGGAACCCAACUGAGGACACACCAAUUAAAUGCAGUGACAUCUUUAAACUCCUACCUGUACAGGACAAAGCACCCAUCAAGAACGUUCUGACUAAGGGAGUAGCUGGAAUUGGAAAAACAGUUUCUGUGCAGAAGUUUGUUCUGGACUGGGCUGAAGGGAAAACAAAUCAGGACGUCCACCUCAUAUUCCCACUUCCUUUCAGAGAGCUAAAUUUGAUAAAGGAGCAGAAACUGAGUCUGGUGGAGCUCCUUCAUGUGUUUUUUAAGGAGAUGAAAGAAAUUGACAUUUCCAGGUUGGAGAAGGUUUUGUUCAUUUUUGAUGGUUUGGAUGAGUGUCGUUUUCCUCUGGAUUUCCAGAAGACAGUGAGCGUGUGUGAUGUAAGUGAAUCAGCACCAGUGCAUGUGCUGCUGAUAAACCUGAUCAAAGGGAACCUGCUUCCCUCUGCUCUCAUCUGGAUCACCUCCAGACCAGCAGCAGCUGAUCAAAUCCCCUCUGAGUGUGUCCAUCGAGUCACAGAGGUACGAGGGUUUAAUGGCCCUCAGAAGGAGGAGUUGCUCCGACUUUCUAAAGGAGACUUGUCCUGUGGAGGUACGCAUCCAAUGCUCGAUUCUGCUUCUUCUGGUCUGGAGCUAGGAAGGGAGGAGGGCAGAAUGCCUGCACAACGACAGGUCAUGACGGAGCCAUAG